AUGAAGGAAACAGAUGAAAUUACGGCUGCGUUGGAUGAACUCGGCAUCUCGGCAAGUGACCUUGGCGGGCCAGACAAAGAUUCGCCGCCAACAAAGCUCCAUCCGAUCAUAGCGUUCGGAAUUGGCGCAUUUUGUGUAGCUAAUUUAGGACUGUUGAUGAGCCUGCCACCAGUCUUACGAGGCAAAGGUGCCCCCUAUUUACCGACGUUCCAGAAGAACCUUGACGCCAUGUUUAGACAAUUACGUCAGCAGCCGCAUUUUCAAAAGCAAAUUCGGGACGGUACCAAGUUGACUUUUGUGGAUCUCGGGAGUGGCGAUGGACGCGUCGUAUUUCGAGCGGCAGCAGAAAAUUUGUUCGUGAAAAGCACUGGUUACGAGCUCAAUCCCCUAUUACACUUACUGGCAUCGGGUCGGCGAUGGGUUGGAGGUCCUCGACAAUGGGAGUUGACAACUUUCUACUGCAGCGACUUGUGGAACGUCGAUCUACGACGAGCCAAUGUAGUGACAGUGUACGGACUGGGGCCUAUCAUGAAAGAUUUGGGCACGAAAUUGGAAAAUGAACUAUCACCAGGGUCGUUUAUUCUAUCGAAUGUGUUUACCUUUCCCGGUUGGAAACCUCAAAGCAGCCAAGGGGGAACCUACAUUUAUCGCACACCUAACUGCUGGCAGUCGGAAAAUCGAUUGUAA